GCAUCACCGGCCUAUUUAUGGGCUGCAGUUUCGUAUCUGUGUUCGAGCUAAUAUUCUUUGUGUGUGUGCGCCCCACAUGUAACUGGUUGACCAGACAACAAAUACGCUAUCGACAGCGACGUCGACUUCUUCAUCAGCGACGAGCCGCAAAUGGUAAUUAGGACAUGCUAAUUAGCUGGUCAGCCAAAGGCCACGCUAAGCCAGUUGCUCGAAGCACCUUCAAGUGUUCAACAUGGCCUUCAAGAAGCGACGGAUCUUUGAUAUGCGCCAAGUGCUAUCCGAGCAGCAGCUCAGCAAAACCACCGAAAGCCACAGGAAAAGCAGCCACACCGUGCACACACCCAAAACUGGGGCCAGUCGCAAACGCUGGAAACUAAAUCAGCUGCGACUGGUGAGAACUUGGUUCAUGGAGAGUUUACGGAACUUUUGCCAGACAACAUCGCUGCACGGAUUCAGCUAUAUCACACGACAGGAUAUCAGCCGGAACGAGCGUUGGUUCUGGCUGGGCGUGGUCAUAGCGGCAAUUAUAGCCGCCGUUUCACUGGUGCUGGUCUCGUGGUACUCGAACCGUGAGACACCCACGGUAACUGUCAUCGAGAGCUCGCACUUUCCCACCUGGAAUAUACCCUUCCCAGCGGUAACCAUUUGCAAUUUCAAUAGAGUGUCCAAAACCAAAGCCCUGGACAUGAUGCAGCGCAUGCGACUGCCACCCAAUGUGACCAAGGAGCAACUUCAGCAACUCUUUAACUUAACCCUGAUUCCCACGGGCAAACUUAUAAGCGAUAGUUCAUUGCAGACCUACGAUAGGAUAUUGAAUCUGAAUAAUAUCACCCUGACGGAGCUGUUCAAUCGAUUGUCACCCGACUGCCUGGAUAUGAUCUCACGCUGCAUUUGGAAGGGCAUCAAAACGCGUUGUGAAAGCCUCUUUCAACGCAUUGCCACUCUACAGGGUAUUUGCUGUAGUUUCAACUAUUUUGGCGCCGUUUCCAAUAAUUUUCCCAUCAAAAUCGCAUAUCAAAUUCCCAAGCGUCCGUAUCGUGUCACUGGCUGUGGCUAUCCCACAGGUCUAUCGGUGCUCCUCGAUCCCUUGGUCGAGGAUUAUUAUGCCACCUUCUUUAGCGGCUUUGGCUUUCGCCUGCUCAUCCAUGAUGCCUAUAAUUUUCCGGAUGAGAACUCUGAGACCAAGGUAGUCACAUCCACGCGCGAGAGCUUUGUGCGCAUCAAUCCAGAGUCCACCUAUGCCACCAAGGACAUACGCCAGAUGGACUUGCGCUGGAGGAACUGCCUCUUUGGCACCGAACGAAAGCUCGAUGGCCUGACACGUUACUCUUUCAUCAAUUGCAUGUUCGAGUGCAGAAUGCGUAUGACCCUAAAACUUUGUGGUUGCCUGCCAUCAUAUCUGGCGCUCAAUGCAUCCAUGAAAGUCUGCGGGGUGCUCAACUUCAACUGCAUGAUUGAAAGCAAACGUUUAUUUUCUCGCGCCCUGGCCAAUCUAGACGCCCCACUUUCCGUGGUCCGACAAACGAAUAGUUUUCCCUGCAACUGUUUGCCCGACUGCGAGUCGAAUCUAUAUGUUUCAGAGAGCACCAUGGGCAGGCUCGAUAUAAGCUACAACGCUUCUCGAAUUAUUAGUUCUAAUCGAACAGAUAGCAUCUUGGUGCAUGUCUUCUAUAGCGACUUAAUGUCCACCAGAUAUCGUAUGGAGAUCUUUCAGAACUGGCUAUCGGCACUGGCAUCAUUUGGCGGCCUGCUAGGUCUUAUACUUGGCUUCAGCAUUGUCACGGCCUUUGAAUUUGUAUACUUUCUCACUUUUCGACCUGUAUUUAACUAUAUCAAUAGAGAACGAGAUUAAAUCUAUUGAAAAACUUUGUGAAUCGUUUAAUGCGCAAAUUUUUAAUCAAAAUAUCCCAACUUCUUGACCUCGCCAACCAUGGCGAUAAUGGAGUCCAGCACUUCUUCGCUUGCGGGUAUGAUCUGUGCAGCGGGCAGCUUGAAACCAGUUAUAAAGGAAGUGGAAGAGGGACGCAGUUCAUAGCAGAAGGCCAUGCGCACAUCCUGAGUGCCAUAGGCCCAAUCAACGCUGGCACCAGCAGCAGGAUAGAUGGCAUCAUAUAUGUUGCCACCAGUGUAUUUCGUGUCGUAGCGCUGGGCUACACCCGCAAUAGAAGCAUCAAACACCUGUUGGAAGUCCUUUACAUUGUCAGGCAAAUCGCCGGUGUGACCAUAAGGAUACAGAAGGUACUGCGAGUAAGCGUGGAAAGAGACAUAAAGUUGAAUCUUAUCCUUAAUCGAGGCUAUGUAGUUGGACAGUGAAAAAGUCUCAAUCUCAGAAAAGGCCGACGGUCCAGCAUAAGUAUCGGAGCAGGGAUCGCUGCUAGCACCGACUUCGUUCCAGUGGAAGCCCCAGUUACGAUUGGGAUCAGCACCGAAGCAGCUGCCGUAUGGAGUGCGAGUCUUACGCCACAUGCGGUCCGUGGUGUGCGUGUAGACAUAGCCAUCGGGAUUGGCAUGGGGAAAGACGUACCAGUUAUAGUUAUCCGCCAAAUCCUUGAUGGACUCUACCUCUGAGGUAAGAAGCUGAUUAAUGAUGAAGGUCGCGGCCGCAGGGGCAAUCCACUCGCGGGCAUGAAUUCCAGCCUCCAAGAAAACGCCAGGCUUCUCGCUAAGGCUCUUGG